AGUGACAGCAUUCCCAGCAUGUCCCGGGACCGGAAGUAGUGGAUUGAGCGGGGUGAUCGCAUUGCUCGUCCAGUUAUGGCAUCUCUGAUAUCUCGUGGAUUGGGGGUCAUUGUCAGAUCGGCGGUCGGGCUCCCCUUCGCAUCGACUACAAGAUGCAGAAGCCUGCUGAGCAGCGUCUCAUCUAUACAGUGUUCUGGAGUAAGGUGGUUUUCCAAAACCCACAUUCCCGAUGAUCAUCCAAAGAGACCACUGACAGCAUAUUUUCGCUACACUGUCCAACAACAACCGAUACUGCGCAAAAAAUUCCCAGAGGCCAAGAUAGUUGAAAUUACAAAAAUGAUUGCUAUAGAAUGGAAUGGACUUUCUGAUUCAGCCAAAGAACCAUAUAAAGCUGCUGCAAAAGCCGAGCAACAGAAAUACAGCGAAGAACUGAAGAAAUACAAAGAAAAUCUGUCUCCAGUAGAAUUGGAAGCCCUGAGAGUUGAAAGGAUAAAUAAACUGAAAAAAAGAAGACACAUCCGUAAAAAAAGGGAGUUAACUUCAUUGGGAAAGCCCAAAAGACCACGCUCUGACUUUAAUAUCUUCAUGUCUGAACACUUUCAUGAAAAAAAAGGGAUUUCAACAACGGCAAAGUUAAAAAGUCUACGCGAUGACUGGGAAAACCUAAAUGACUCCCAAAAGCAGGCAUACAUUCAGCUAGCCCAAGAUGACAAGAUUCGCUACGAUAAUGAGAUGAAGUCAUGGGAGGAGCACAUGAUGGAGAUAGGACGUGAUGACCUUAUUCGGUCCGCAAAAAAACAGCGGGCUCCGAGACGAAGAGCGGGGAGGCCACAAACAAAGGCUUCUGUGAAGAAAACCUCUAAAGAAAGACUGAAAAGUUCUGAAAUAGAAGGAAAAACAAAGCGCAAAAGCACACUACAGCGUGAAGAGUAAUACCCUAAGAAGGCUUUGUAAAACUUUAUUAUUGCCUCUUACUGUUGGGUGCAAAAGGUCUGGAAGAUCACAUUCAGUGUAAGUUUGACAUGGUUCUGCAAACAUUUCAUCCUGCGUUUCAACCAUGGUUUAAAAGUUGGAAUGUAUGGAGUUAUUCAAAUUAUGAUGGGCAAACAUCUGGAAAUAUCAGUCCAAAGAACUUUAGAUGUUCCAGACAAACUUUUUUUUUGUCUUUACAUAUGAAAUUAACUCCCUCCAGUUUGAUCACAGUGUCUAACGUUUAUAUGAUCAGACCAAGUUUUUGCAUCUUUACAUAUUACGUUUGUAAGAUAUCGGAAACCAACAUUGUAUUGUGUUUUUAUAUUUAGUAAGGAAAAUGACAUGCCUUAUCAGUUUGAAAGUAUAAACGUUUGUGACGAAAGAGGAAAUAAAAUAUUGCAACUUUA